AUGGCGUUGAGCACCCAAAGAGCCUCUGCUUUUCAUCCUUCAGUUGAUCAGUCGGCUCCUCCUCAAUGGAACUACGAUGUGUUUUUGAGCUUCACGGGUGUAGACACUCGAAAUGGCAUUUUAUCCCAUUUAUACCACGAAUUGCAGAACAGGUGCAUCAAAACAUUCAUGGAUGAUCCAAAGCUUGAAAGAGGGACAACUAUUUCUUUUGAGCUCUUCAAAGCAAUCCAAGAAUCAAGGCUUGCAAUAGUUGUUCUCUCGCCAAACUAUGCUUCUUCUUCCUGGUGCUUGGAUGAACUUACAAAGAUUCUCCAAUGCAUGAAAUCCAACGGCACAGUUCUACCUGUGUUUUAUAAUGUGGAUCCCUCUGAUGUGCGAAAAAAAAGCGGCAGUUUUGCUGACGCCUUUGCUGAGCAUGAGAAAAGGUUUAGGGAAGACAUCGAUAAGGUGAAGUGCUGGAGAGAUGCUUUAACAGAAGUUGCCAAUUUAUCUGGGAUAGAUUCAAAGAAUCAGUGUGAAAGAAAGCUCAUUGAAAAGAUUGUUGAAUGGGUGUGGAGGAAAGUGCAUCGCACAUUCAAAUUGUUAGAUUCAACAGAGUUAGUGGGAAUUAAGUUUACACGUGAGCAAAUGGAUUUGCUUUUAGAUCCUACAGAUGAUGUUCGCUUUGUAGGGAUAUGGGGGAUGGGAGGCAUUGGCAAGACAACCAUUGCUAGGCUUGUUUAUGAAAGCAUUUCUUUUCAUUUUGAAGUUCCCUGCUUUCUUGCUAAUGUUAGAGAGGCUUCUGAAGGUAAUCGUCUUGUUGAUCUACAAAGACAGCUUCUUUUCCCUAUCUUGAAGAAACAAAUUACUCAAGUUUUGAAUGAAGACUGGGGGACCCAUUUCAUUAAGAAUUGCUUAUGUAAUAAAAAGGUUCUUCUCAUUCUUGAUGAUGUGAAUGCAUCAAGCCAACUAGAGAAAUUUGCUAAGGAAAAGGAUUGGUUUGGUAAGGGGAGUAUCAUCAUCAUUACAACUAGAGAUGAACGGUUGGUUAAAAAGCAUGAUAUGGAGAUAUCAUAUAAGGUAGAGGGAUUAGGAGAUGUUGAGGCUCUUGAGCUCUUUAGUCUGAACGCCUUUAAAAAAUUUGAGCCUGAGGAAGGUUUUUGGGAAUUGUCUCAGUACUUUGUAAAUUAUGCUGGAGGCCUUCCAUUAGCUCUUAAAAUUUUGGGAUGCUCUUUGUAUAAGAGAGAUCGAGAUGAAUGGGAAAAUGAAUUGGAUAAGCUACGGAAAAUUCUUGAGACAGAAAUCUUCAAUUUGCUCAAAAUCAGUUUUGAUAGACUCGAUGAGAUGAACAAGAAUAUAUUUCUUGAUGUUGCAUUUUUCCUUAAGGGGAAGGACAAGAAUAAAGUAAUUGGAAUACUAAACAGUUGUGACCGUUGUGGUGGGAUAAAUGCUCUGGUUGAGAAGUCGCUCUUAACUAUUGAUAUUUCAAACAACGGUUACAUUGUUGGGAUGCAUGAUUUGAUACAAGAAAUGGCAUUUGAAAUUGUUCGUCAAGAGUCUCCUGAAGAGCCUGGUAGACGCAGUCGAUUAUGUCAUCCUAAUGACAUCAUUCAUGUAUUAAUAAACAAUAUGGCAACUAACAAAAUUCAAGGCAUCGCCUUAAGCAUGGCAGAACUUGAAAAGGCGGAUUGGAAUUGUGAAGCAUUCUCUAAGAUGAUUAACCUGAAAUUUCUUGAAGUUGAUAAUGUGAUCAUUUCCUCAAUGUCAAUCCCCAGAAUUCUUCCUAAUUCCUUAAGAAUUCUGAAAUGGAAUUGGUAUUCUUCCAAAUAUCUCCCAUCUAAUUUUCAACCGAAUAAACUUGUUUCACUUGAGAUGAAGCACAGCAAACUAGUUGGGCUCUGGGAUGAAAGAAUUAUAAGAUUACUGACCAUAUGCCAUCUUACGAAUUUUUUGAAAGAAAAGAGUAAGAGUUUAAGUUUUCUGGUUGCUAAUUAUAUAUUCUACUAUUUUUCAUGUAAUAUUGUACAGGACUUGCCCAAUUUGAAAUACAUGGACCUUAGUGGCUCUCAAAACUUGGUAACAACCCCAAUUUUCACUGGCAUUCCAAAACUCAAGGUGUUGAAUCUUGGAAGGUGUGAGAAUUUAGUUGAGAUUCACCCGUCCGUCGCAAAUCUCAAAUGGCUUGAACAUUUAAUACUACGUGGAUGCAAAAGUGUUGAGAGCCUUCCAAGGGAGGUAGAAAUGGAUUCUCUUAUAUAUUUAAAUCUUCAGUGUUGCUCAAAACUGAAAAAGAUUCCAGAAUUUUCAGGACAAAUGGAAAAUUUGAGAAUGCUUUGGUUGAAUGGGACGUCCAUUGAGAAAUUACCUUCAUCAAUUGGACGUCUUGUUGGCCUUACUUAUCUGAAAGUAGACUAUUGUGAAAAUCUCUUGGGUCUUCCGAGCGAAAUUUGUAAUUUGAAGUCUCUUGAAUUGCUCUCUGCGAGUGGAAACUCAUUUAGUCACAAAUCAAGGUUUUGGCGGGGCCUCCAAAGAAAGGCUUUUGUGUUGAGUUCGGUACAUGAUUUAUGGUCUUUGAAGCUUUUGGAUCUGAGUGAUUGUGGUCUUUGUGAAGGGGAAAUUCCCGUUGAUAUUGGCUGCUUGUCCUCUUUAGAACAAUUAGACCUUAGUCGAAACAAUUUUGUUAGCCUUCCUGCAAGCAUUGGAUGUCUUCCUAAGCUUUGGUUAUUUUCGGUGAAUGGGUGCCAGAGGCUUCAACAAUUGCCCCAUUUCCGCUUUGGAUUGGUUGAUAAUGAACGCUUCUGCGGUAUUUACAUGAACACAGACGAUUGCACUUCCUUAACAACAUUGCCAAAGUUGAGCAUAAAAGAAGGAAGAAGUUGUGUUUCGUUGAGUUGUUUGAAUUGCUAUGGAUUGGUUGAGAAUGAUGGCUGCGAUGAUAGUAUAAUACUUGGAAUGCUCUGGAUUGCUCUGGGUUGGAGAUUCCUUCAGGUACCUCGUUGGAAUAUUCUCGCUUUCCAAAUUGUAACACCUGGAAGUAGAAUUCCAGAGUGGUUCAAUAAUCAAAGUGUAGGAGAUUCCUUAAUUGUGGAGCUACCUCCAUGUACCACGUGGAUUUGGAUUGCUUUUUGUGCUGUCUUUGAAGAGGGUGCCCCUGUGGAUCACCCAAAUCCACCUGAUGACCUUUCUCCCUAUUUUCAAAUUGAAUGUCGCCUAGGAGAAAGUGCCUCUGUGUUUAGUAGGGUCAUGGUGAAAGGCCUUGUGUCACCUCACCUUUGGGUAUCUUGUGUAUAUCAUUAUGUAGUCGACAAAGAAUGCAGUCAGAUGAAGAUUUCAUUCCAUGCUUCUUUUGAUGACCUUUACCCAGACGUAAUAUAUUGCUCGGGUAUAAAGAAGUGUGGGUUCCGUUUGAUGUACAAGCAAGACGUGGAACUCAACCAAAUCAUGAUGAUGAACCAUUCCAUCAACAUCAGCACAAAAGCUACUUCUCCUCACAAUUCUCACAAUUCAGCUGAUGCAAGUGGAAGCUCUCACCAAAAAUCUGUCUGCCGCAAAAGCUAUGCUCUUUCCAAAUGGAUGGAAUAA